AUGAGAGGCGUCAAAGUCUUCUCCGGCACCUCCCACCCCGCCCUCACCGAAGCUAUCUGCCAGCGUCUGGGCACCACACCUACACCAUGCGACCUCGGCCACUUCGCCAACGGCGAGAUUCGUGUGCAAGUUGGCGUCUCAGUGCGAAAUGAUGACGUCUUCAUCGUUCAAAGCGGCAGCUCUCGCAUCAACGACAGUGUGAUGGAGAUGCUCAUUAUGAUCAAUGCUUGCAAGGGCGGCUCUGCCAAGUCCAUCACCGCCGUGCUACCCUACUUCCCAUACUCGCGCCAGUCCAAGAAAAAGGCUCACAGAGGCGCUAUCACUGCGAAGAUGGUGGCCAACCUCAUGUCUGUGGCGGGAGUCAGCCACGUCAUCACUGUCGACCUGCACAGCUCGCAGAUGCAAGGCUUUUUUGGAAAACCAGUCGACAACCUCCACGCUGAGCCCCUAAUAGCAAGGUGGAUCAAGACCAACGUCAAGCACUGGAGCCAUGCUGUGGUGGUCAGCAAGAAUGUGGGCGGCACCAAACGUGUCACUUCUUUGGCAGACCGCCUGAAUGUCCAAUUUGCCAUCGUUUCCACCGAACGAGAGAGGAGACGACCGCCUGGCCAACCGGUCAACAUGGCUGACUCCACUGUCUUCUUCGAUGCGGUCGAGCCUGCAUCCCUGCGCACUUUUGAGCGAUCCAACAGUACCGACAGCGAUCGAAGCAAUGAUGCAGACACAGAGGCUGACUCGGCACCGUCGCCGAGACUCAAGCUCCAGGCCAAUGGCGGCGCUUCUCGCCCUAAAGCGGUCACCAUUUCCUCCGAUCCACAGAUCUCCAGCACUCCUCCAUCCGCAGAGGGCCCCAACGAUUCAGACGAGGACCUGCUGGGCGCGGGCGUGAACCGGGCCGAAACCUUCCCCAGCGCACGGAGACCGUCUGAAUACGAGGCCGCCGACUCUCUGAAUGAUCAAAAGGCAAGGGAUGUCAUCAUUGGCCGCUUGAUUCAGGGUCAUGUCGUCGACGAUGACCACCCGUCUCCCGCGUUAUCGGCGCAGUACGGUGCAGACCGCAACUCGGAUGGAAACGAUCACGAUCCAAUGACCUCUUCGUUCAUCUCCACUACAUCCUCGUUGCAAGCUGAUCAUGCCCUCGGUGGAACGCUGGAUGCUGCAGCAUCGUCGGAUGAAGAAGAGGAUGGGAUCAAGAACCCCGACCUACAGCACACGGUGACUCUAGUCGGUAAUGUCAAGGAUCGCACCGUGAUCAUCAUGGACGACAUUAUUGACAAGACCGGAUCGUGGAUAGCUGCCGCCGAGACUUGUGUUAAGAGGGGUCAGGCUAAGAUGGUGUAUUGCAUUGCGAUCCAUGCCUUGUUCGACGAUGAGUCCCUGGCAGAGCUCGAAGCCUGCGAGUGCAUUGAUUACGUGGUGGUGACAAAUACCUUCCCUAUGGCCAGUGAGCGGGCUAAGUCCUCCCGCAAACUGAUUGUGAUUGACCUGUCCAACCUUCUUUCGGAAGCCAUCAGGCGCAAUCAUCACGGAGGUACGCAGCCUUCUCUGGAGCCAUACUUGGACAAAUUCUAA